AUGGCGACGGCGGUCCACCAGCUCUCCUUCUCCGCGCCGAGCGCGGGCGCCAGGCGGCGGCAGAGCCGGGCGUCCGCGUCCGCGUCCGCGACGGACCGGCACGAGGUGCUAUCGCCGAAGCGCCGGCUGCCGCUGCGGAAGGUGCCGGGCGAGCACGGCCCGCCGCUGCUGGGCGCGCUCAAGGACCGGCUCGAGUACUUCUACGGGCCCGGCGGGCGCGACGGCUUCUUCGCGGCCCGCGUCCGCGCGCACCGCUCCACGGUGGUGCGCCUCAACAUGCCCCCCGGCCCCUUCGUGGCCAAGGACCCCCGCGUGGUGGCGCUCCUCGACGCCGCCUCCUUCCCGGUCCUCUUCGACACCUCGCUCGUCGACAAGACCGACCUCUUCACCGGCACCUUCAUGCCCUCCACCGACCUCACCGGCGGCUACCGCGUGCUCUCCUACGUCGACCCCGCCGAGGCCAACCACGCGCCGCUCAAGUCGCUCCUCUUCCACCUCCUCACCCACCGCCGCCAGCACGUCAUCCCCACGUUCCGCGAGGUCUACGGCGGCCUCUUCGGCCGCAUGGAGAACGACCUCGCCCGCGUCGGCAAGGCCGACUUCGGCAACUACAACGACGAAGCCGCCUUCGGCUUCCUCUGCCAGGCGCUCCUCGGCCGCGACCCCGUCGACUCGCCGCUCCGCGACGAAGGGCCCAAGCUGAUAGCUAAGUGGCUUCUGUUCCAGAUCAGCCCGCUGCUCAGCCUCGGCCUGCCCACCCUCGUGGAGGACGGCCUGCUCCACAGCUUCCGCCUCCCGCCGGCGCUCAUCAAGAAGGACUACGGCCGCCUCGCCGACUUCUUCCGCGACGCCGGCAAGGCGGUGAUCGACGAGGGCGAGCGGCUGGGCAUCGCGCGGGAGGAGGCGGUGCACAACAUCCUCUUCGCCAUGUGCUUCAACUCCUUCGGCGGCAUCAAGAUCCUGUUCCCGUCGCUGGUGAAGUGGCUGGGCCGCGCCGGCGGGCGGGUGCACGGCCGCCUCGCGACGGAGGUGCGCGCCGCCGUGCGCGCCAACGGCGGCGAGGUGACGAUGCGGGCGCUGGCCGAGAUGCCGCUGGUGAAGUCGGCCGUGUACGAGGCGCUGCGGGUCGAGCCGCCGGUGGCGAUGCAGUACGGGCGCGCGAAGCGGGACAUGGUGGUGGAGAGCCACGACUACGGGUACGAGGUGCGGGAGGGGGAGCUGCUGUUCGGGUACCAGCCCAUGGCCACCAAGGACCCGCGCGUGUUCCCGCGCGCCGAGGACUACGUGCCCGACAGGUUCCUGGGCGAGGACGGCGAGCGGCUGCUCCGGUACGUGGUGUGGUCCAACGGGCCCGAGUCGGCGACGCCCACGCUGCAGGACAAGCAGUGCGCCGGCAAGGACUUCGUGGUGCUCAUCGCGCGCCUCCUCGUCGCCGAGCUCUUCCUCCGGUACGACUCCUUCGACGUCCAGGUCGGGUCCUCGCCGCUCGGGUCGUCGGUCACCAUCACAUCGCUUAAGAAGGCCACCUUCUGA